GCUUUACAUCACCCCAGGCCGGUGGCUGGGUCGGGCAUCUGGCGAGCCUGCCGAGACACUUGUAGAGCCAGCAGCGAAAGCUUCGCACUGACGGGAAGCAGCGCAAACAUGCAGGGGGUUCUCUGAGCCCGGCCCCGGCCCCAGCCCAAGCCAGCCGUGCCCAAGCAAAUGAAUCCCCUGACUCUGAGAACAAGAUGAACCUCACUUCAAUGACACUCUCUAUGGAUUCUCUCCGGAGGAAAAAGCAGCUGGAAUGUGAUGAGGAUGAUGAUGACGACUCAGUUCCAGAGCAGCCUCCCCUGAAGCGGGCCCAUCCAGACCCUCAGCUUUGCCCAGCCCCUUGCCAGGAGCCCUCCCUCAAGCUCCCAGAGCCCACCUCUGAUGCCCCUGCUGCCUUUUCCAGACUGGGGCCCUACCUACUCCUAGAGGCCCAGGAAGGUGGCAAGGCCUACCGGGCAGUGCACUGCCCCACCAACACCGAGUAUGUCUGUAAGGUGUAUCUCGCGGGCUGCUACCCAGAGCUGCUGUCUCCCUACGCGCACCUCCCCCGACACCCUCACGUCGCCCCCGUGGCCGAGGCGGUCCUGGGCAAGCACCACGUCUACGUGUUCUUCCCGCGGGCCCACGGCGACAUGCACAGCUACGUGAGGGAGCGGAGGAGGGUCCCCGAGCGGGAGGCGGCCGCCCUCUUCCUGCAGAUGGCCCAGGCUGUGGCCCACUGCCACCACCACAACCUGGUCUUGCGCGACCUCAAGCUGAGGAAGUUCGUCUUUGUCAACCCGGAGAGGACGAAGCUGGCGCUGGAGAAUCUAGAGGACUCGUGUCUGCUGACGGGGCCGGAUGACUCCCUGUGGGACAAGCAUGGCUGUCCAGCCUAUGUGGGGCCUGAGAUCCUCACUUCCCGGGACUCCUAUUCGGGCAAGGCGGCCGAUGUGUGGAGCUUGGGUGUGGCCCUGUAUACCAUGUUGGCCGGCCGCUACCCAUUCCAGGACACGGCCCCUGCCCUGCUCUUUGGCAAGAUCCGCAGGGGCGCUUUUGCCCUCCCUGAGGGCCUCUCGGCGCGUGCCCGCUGCCUUGUCCGCUGCCUGCUCAGGCGGGAACCCAGCGAGAGGCUCACCGCCCAGGGCAUUUUGCUGCACCCCUGGUUACAGGGAGGAGGGAGCCCCUCUGAGGAACCUGGGGCACGGAUGGCAGAGCAGGUGGUGCCAGACAGCCAAGACCCCCAGGAGGAGGAGGCCGGGCAGGAGACUGAGGAGGAGCUGUACACUUAGGCCAGGAGGGCACCUCCUGCUCUGUUCUAACCCUGACCGGCCCCACUGGUCGAGGCUCCAGCUUUAUGGAAACUCUUUCCUCUAUGAAUCAAGCCAAACUCCACUCAAGUGCCUUAAUGGUGGACAAGAAGGGAGGCGCGUGGGUGCAGUGAUUAUUACCUGCUGCAUACAUGUGGCAAACUCACACUGAACAUACCUGGGCCCACGUGCACGGGGGUCCCACAGACAUAGGCAGUGGUGUGCAAGCGCCUAAAGUCAUGCCAUUGCCUCAGUUUCCAGAAUUGAGGCCCCAGAAGGCCCCCUCUGGGUCCUUCCCCUGGACACUCAGAGUGCUCAGAAGGAUGCCGCCAGCUAGCCAAUAAUAAAACAACAGGAGAGGCCUAACUUGGGGUGGGAAGACUGGGAAGAAAGUAUUCUCCUGGGCAGACUGGAAGGUCUAUAUUAUUGGGAUAACUAUUUUAUUGGGGUGUGCUGUUGCCCUCCGGGGCAAGAGGGCAGUCGUUUCAAAGCCUGCAAUAUUUGGUUCCAGAGUUCCAGGACAUAUGAACAAUCACAGGCUCAGGCAGCUAAGGGUAGACUGGGGAAGGGUAGGAGAAAGAACUUCUUCUCAGGCUCCAAGAGAGGCCCUGGCUUACUUACUCUGGGAACUGUGUCUUCCCUUCUCUGUCCCCAAACACCAAUUCAACAUUCUUUCAGGCUGCACGAUUUCAGAGCCAGUCAAAGUGUUCAGUCUGAGAACCGGGCCCUCUCCCCAGGGGUCUGCUCCUGUGCCUGGACACCUGCUUCCUCAGUUCCCCUGGGAAUCCAAUUGACUCUAUGGGGCAAGGACAUGAUAUGCAGCAUCUAUUUUUGUCUUUGAACUAAUAAAGGACAUUUUUAAAAUA